AUGGAUCUCCCUUUGGGCCCCGGCGCGGCAGGGCCCAGCAACGUCCCGGCGUUCCUGACCAAGCUAUGGACCCUUGUGAGCGACCCGGACACCGACGCGCUCAUCUGCUGGAGCCCGAGCGGGAACAGCUUCCACGUGUUUGACCAGGGCCAGUUUGCCAAAGAAGUGCUACCCAAAUACUUCAAACACAACAACAUGGCCAGCUUUGUGCGGCAACUCAACAUGUACGGCUUCCGGAAAGUGGUGCACAUCGAGCAGGGCGGUCUAGUAAAGCCCGAGAAGGACGACACCGAGUUCCAGCAUCCCUGCUUCCUGCGCGGUCAGGAGCAGCUCCUGGAGAACAUCAAGAGGAAAGUCACCAGCGUGUCCACCCUCAAGAGCGAAGACAUCAGAAUUCGCCAGGACAGUGUCAGCAAGUUGCUGACUGACGUGCAGCUGAUGAAGGGGAAGCAGGAGAGCAUGGACUCAAAACUGCUGGCCAUGAAGCAUGAGAACGAGGCACUCUGGAGGGAGGUGGCCAGUCUGCGGCAGAAGCACGCUCAGCAGCAGAAGGUCGUCAACAAGCUCAUCCAGUUCCUGAUCUCCCUGGUGCAGUCAAACCGGAUCCUGGGAGUGAAGAGAAAGAUCCCCCUGAUGCUGAGCGACAGUGGUUCUGGACACCCGAUGCCCAAGUACAGCCGACAGUACUCCUUGGAGCACGUGCAUGGCGCAGCCCCGUUCACAGCCCCGUCCCCAGCCUACAGUGGCUCCAGCCUCUUCUCCCCGGACCCUGUAGCCGGCUCCGGCCCCAUCAUCUCAGACAUCACUGAGCUGGUCCCCACUAGUCCCUCCGCCUCCUCGGGUGGGAGCAUCGACGAAAGGCCCCUGUCAGGCAGCCCCCGGGUGCGCAUCAAGGAGGAACCUCCCAGCCCCCCUCAGAGCCCACAGGUGGAGGAGGUGAGCCCCGGGCAGCCUUCCUCAGACGUGGAGACAGCCUUGUCCCCAACCGCUCUCAUCGACUCCAUUCUGCGGGACAGCGAGCCGGCCACCGCCCCUUCAGCCAACCAGCCCACACCCCUGUCUGCCUCAGCCCCAGAGAAGUGCCUCAGCGUGGCCUGCCUCGACAAGAACGAACUCAGUGAUCACCUGGACGCCAUGGAUUCCAACCUGGACAACCUGCAGACCAUGCUGAGUAGCCACGGCUUCAGUGUGGACACCAGCGCCUUGAUGGAUCUGUUCAGCCCCUCGAUGACCGUGCCGGACAUGAGCCUCCCCGACUUGGACAGCAGCUUGGCGAGCAUCCAAGAGCUCCUUGCCCCUCCAGAGCCGCCCAGGCCCCUAGAGGCAGAGAGCGGCAGCAGGGACUCAGGGAAGCAGCUGGUACAGUACACAGCACAGCCCCUGUUCCUGGUGGACCCUGGGCCAGUGGACAUGGGGGGCAGCGACCUGCCUGUGCUCUUCGAGCUAGGGGAGGGCUCCUACUUCUCCGAGGGGGAUGACUACUCAGAGGACCCCACCAUCUCCCUGCUGACGGGCUCUGAGCCCUCCAAAGCCAAGGACCCCACCGUCUCCUAG